AUGCCGGUCAUUUGUUUGGGCACGACACAUGUCCUUUAUAUCAGAGGUUGGAUCCAAGUUUGCGUAAAGGAAGAACCAUACAGCAGUUGCAACUUGUUCAAACUGUGCAAGCACACGCUAAAACCACCCAGGAGAGGUUGUAUAUAUGUUUUCAAAUGCUCGACGGGAUCCAACGGGUCGCGAAAGAUAAAACAGGGGGAGUAUCUCUCAAUAAGCAAUCCGUGCCUCUGCCUCGAGUGCGUGGACGUGUACUACAACCAGCACGACCCCGUCAAAAAGCCGCUGGUGCUAGUAUUUAAAUUCAAGAACGGUGAUGAUCGCAGUAACGGCGUCACGAACAGGUACUACCGGAUGUCCUGUUUUGAAACGGACAAAACGCAAUGCCCGUCCAAAAAGAUAGAGGACCUGUGCGAAUACAACGAACAGUCGAUACUGUGCGCGCUGCUACAGGAAAACGAUUCUCUACCCGGGUUAUUGACGUACGAUAUCAUGAAGAGGCCAACGGGUGCGGGCAACGGUGAGGGCGGCACCAACUGCAAGUACAACUGCGGGAAGAUCCAGGUCACCAAGAACGGCGAUGACACCAGCACCAGCGCGAACGGGGAACCGAAACUGGGCGCCGGGUUCACGCGAUAUAAACACGCGCCAACUAAUAGCAACGGGGGCAACAGCAACGGGAACAACGCCGGCAAACCCGCUUGUAUAAUAUACCGGUGCCAGACGCUCAUGGGCGGUAACGGCACCCAGGCCCAGACCCAGGAGCUCCCCGAAAUACAGGGCCAGACCUACAAGUGCGUAAGCGUAUACUUCGGGUGCAAAGCUAAGCGUAACGGAGCGGGUGCCAGCACGGGUGGAGGUGCGUGCCCGGCCGCCAGUACUAGUGGGAGCGAGGGUACCGCGUGUAAACCGGGCGCCACUGCCUGCUCCCCAGCUACCGGCGAGGGUACGUGCCCGGCCGAACCCCCGUCCGCCACCACUUCCCCGUGCAACCAGGACGUCCCGCUGCUCCUGGAACUGCACAGGAACGGUGCGAACAGCACGAACGGCGCCAGUACUAACCCCGAGUACUACGCGCACCUCCGUAGUACCAACGGCGCCCGGAAAAACGGUAACGGCCCCGAUAAGUACUACUGGGUAAAGCUCCCCUGUGGGAAUGGCGCUGAUGGACGCACGAACGGUGACUGUGUGCUGAAGAACCUGCUCGACGACAUCGGUUUGCACACCAGUUCUAGCGGUGCAGGCGAUAACGGGCACGAAACGCUAAAACAACUGCUAAAACAGGCGUUGAACAACGGCGCGACGGACGGCGCGAACGGGGACCUCACCGAAAAGCUACAAAAAAUGACAGGCCAGAACCUGACCAAACUGCUGAAAGCGACGGUCAACGGGUCCCAACCCAGCGUCCAGAACGGCCAGCAGAACGGCUCCAAAACCCUGGCCACCCUCUUGCUCAAACGGCUCCAGUUUGACAUAAUUGACUCGCUUGUUAUACUGCUGGAGAAAAACUGCAAGAACGCCCAUAACGGGGUUGCGGACGGGUACGGCGACUCCCAGAUCCAAAGCGCCAUUUCGGGGUUGCAACCCAACGGACGCGGAACACGAGUCAACCGCCUGAAACUGGGCAACGGGAACGAUAACGGGAACGGCACCAAGAUAACGGUGACCGAGGCACCCACGGAUAACGGCGACCCGGGCUCGGUCUGCGCGUGCCUCGCCAAAUGUUUCGCCAAAUACGGGUACUGCGUAAUACAGCACGAUUUUUCCCAGGCCGUCAAUACCAAACUGGGCCAGGGCUGCUCGGCGGGCCUGCGCCUGCUGUUGCCCACCAAGGAGAACAACGAGCGGGGUGGCGGAGGCGGUGGCGGUGGCGGCCAAACGAAGUACGCCGAGCUCCGCCUUUACAACAGCGCAGAGAAAACGGACCCCCAAUACCUCCAGUACCUGUACUACACCAAGGGCGCGGGUUCGGGCGGGUCGGCCGCCUGCACGACCGCCUGCACUACCUCUACGACCGGCCACACCUGCUCCAAGACCCAAAACGCCCAGAUAUGCUCCAAGCUGUACGUGGUGUUUUACAAGGGCGUCCCGAGUACGGGCGGCCGGACCAGCGGGUCAGCAGGCACGGGCGACCCUAGGCCACUACUACUCUGCUACCGGGGAUGCUGGUACCGCCCCAAAGAUAAGAACGGGUAUUUCAGCGCGUGGGUCAAGGUGGACCUGGGUGACAAGGGCGCGUGCGAGUGCUCAAACGGGGGCCCAGAGGGCGCAGGUGCGAACUGCGAGAAAUGCAAGGCGCUUUUUAAGGCGCUCACGACGACGGUCGGGUUCCUGAACACCGUCGACCUGUUCCAGCACCCGGGUACGGCAGGGGGGGAGGCCGGCCAAACCACGUGCCAACCCGGUGAACCAGGUGCAGCGGGCGCUACUGCCACCUGCCAGUCCCCAACCAGUAGCCAAACCACCGGGAAGUGCACGUACGAGGUCCACCAGUUCCGGGGCUCCAAAAUACAGGUCCAGGUCAAGUGCUGCCCUGUUAAUGGUACAACCGCCAGUUCGGGGUGCUACAGGAAGCUCACCCACAGGCCGGCCGGCACGGGAAACGGGUCCAAUAGCGCGAACACGAACAACGGGUUUAGACUGGGCGACGUCGUGUACUGUCCUAGCAGCGGGUCCAGCGGCGACCCACAGGGCUCCAUCACGUACUACGGAAACGGCUCAGACAAGGGCAACGGCGACCACACCUCCACCCAUAAGUGGGCCCCGCUCACAUCCGUCGCCGUGUACUACUACAACGAGGACAAAGGGUACUGCGAUCCGCUGCUGGUGGAGCUGCAGUUUGCCAAGGUGGCGGCUAACGGGCUGCAGAACGGCGCCACCACGACGGAGUACUACCGCCUAAAAACGCGCAACGGGUCUGGCGGAAAGUUGGAGUGGGCGAAAGUGGACAAUGGCUCUAAAACCAACCUAGCGAAACCCGAAUGCCUGACCCGGUACCUCGACGCGAUACGCUAUUGCCUCAAAAAGGUGGUGCGGAUACAGCUUGAGAAAAACAAGGCGAGCGACAGUUACGAUCUUGUGGGCAAGGACGCCAAGCCGGGGUCUGGUGGCUCAAACGGGUUCCAGAAGAUCAACGGCGACACCGGCAACGGGAAGCAGAUACAGGUCCAGGAGUGCAAGUGCCCCAAACUAACCGGAUACAAGUGCUACCAGCACAAGCUAGGGGAGGCGUUGAACGGCAAACACCACCUCGUAGCGGGACUGGCGUUCACGCUCCCUGGUAAGAACAACGGGGUUGGCGCAAACGGGGGUACAAACGGGGUGGUGGAGAUACCGGUCUGCGUCGUGGGCCAGGGUGAGGCCGAGUGCCCCCCCGGUGCUACUGAGGGCCUAUGUACAGCAGCUGGCACCCAGGCUAGUUGUUCGUCUACAACCGCCGAACCCACAGCCAGUACGUGCCCGGCUGCCCCUGCUUCCCCCUCAGUGCCCUGUAAGAACGGCCAACCCAACGGCACACAAAUACCGCCCGUCCACUACAACCAGUGCAUGGGCGACGUGUGCGUUUACUUCUACGGGAGCGGGGGCGGUACGAGCGGUUCGGAGACGGGCACCACCACCGAUACGGUCCCGCUCAUGCUAAGAUAUAACGGGCAGUUUUACAGGCCGUGCGACCGCGACCAGUACUUUACGAAAUGGGUCCCUGUAACGGCGUUGUGCAAAACGGCGGGCGAGUGCAAGGGCGGGUGCGCGUGCUGCUGUCCGGGCGCAGGGGCAGCCGACCCUGGCACUAGUUGUGGCACCCAUGGACCGGGUGGAGACGGCGCCGAGUGCGGCCCGGAGUGCCCGUGCUGCAAAGAACUCGCCAACGAACUGGACAGGGUAAACGAGUGCCUGAACCGUAUAGACCUGGACCCCGAGAAGGCCAGCAAGGCCGGUUCGGGCGGCAGUUCAGGCGCGGGCACCGGGUACGGCCUCCCCGAGAGCAACGGGGGGAAGGAUUUGGACACGUCGGUGGGCAACAACAGGGUGUGCCUGACCGAGAAAAAACCCACGGGCGACGACGCUCAAAAGGCCUACGUGAAGGUCGUGCACAGGACGAAGAACGGGUUUCGAAUAGGCUGUUUAACCUAUUGCGGGAAGGAGAUCACGCAGGACGGGGUGACCCCGACCGCCCUGAGCAACGGCCAGUGUGACGGGCCCGCCCUGAGCAACGGCCAGACCUGUUCCGCCAGCCCGGCCGCUGCGGGGACAACGGGUAAUGGCACGAUCAAGAUCGAGGUCGCUAAAGGCACCGGUGGACCCAACGGCAACGGGAACCACAAAAACCUGGUCACCACGUGUGGGUGGAACACGGUGGUCGUUUACUACUCGACGAGCGACAAAUGUUACUCGUUGCCGCAGCUGAUCGUGCUGCUGAACACGGACGGCCCAGUAAAGAACGGCGAGGCGGUGACCGGCAGUGCGGACAAAAAGUACGGGUACUACGUGCUCUCGAGCGCCAGUACAGGGGGUGGUGGUUUAGGUGGUGGGCCGGGGUACGAGUAUACGUGGCGCCUGGUAAACGGGUCCAAAUCGGGUGAAACGCCCGUUACACUGGACGACAAAACCGAUUUCCAGUUGUUGAACGCGGCCGUGAUAUUGCUGGAACAGAAGGCCGGGAAGUGCAUAGGUGGCACGUACGGGGAUGACAAGAUCAAAAAGGCCGUCGGUAAGGCAGGUUUGCAAUCGCCCGGAAACGACAACGACGUUAACCGGCUCAAAAACAAGACUAUAGAGGUAAAGGACGAGACCAAGGACACGGUGACCUGUUCCGGUACCUCCCCAGGGACCUGCUGCUGCAAGUGCCUCAAGGACACCGGUUUCAAGGCUAUGACGCACAACCUGGACAAGCUGGUGAAGCUCAACGGGUCGUUUAAGCCGCCCGUGUGCGAGGUGGCCCUGAUAACCGGCCUGAAGUUCUUGAUACCCACUGGUGAACGGGGAAAGUACAAGCAGGUCCAGCUCAACGGUGACGCGGCCCAAAACGGCUCUGUAAAGUACCACCACCCCGAUAACGGGAACAAGGUAUGCGUUUACUUUUACGGCUGCGACCCGCGACCGCUCCUGGUGUGUUACAACGGGUGGGCGUACCGGGCCAAGGACAAGAACGGGUACAACGAGCAAAAGUGGGCCAAGUGUACCGAGGUACAAGCGGCGGACGCGGCGAAAUGCGGGUGCGCCCAGACACCACCGACCGGGACGUGCGACAAGUGCCCGCUUAUAAAGGCGCUGGUCGGGGUGAGCGACUUCCUGAACCCGGUCGACGUAAAACAGGUACCCAAUUCAACAUCAAAAUAUUGGAAAUUUUGCCGAUGCUACUGUGUACAUAAAUUUAACGGGUGUAAAAUAUGGAUCAGGGUGACAUCACAACCCGCAAUAGGUUCGUUCUGUUACAACAAGUACACGCACACGCACGCCGGAAUAACGGGUAAAGGGGACGGUUUCCGCUUGGGCAACAUACAUUAUGACGGCCGUAAUAAGGGCGAAAACGGUAACAACAAUAACAGUAACACGUGUAUCAAGUUGAACGGGACGAACAGCAAUGGAUACAAGUGCAUUUCAGCCUCCGAUGUCAACAAAUCCGACAACAAACACAAAGCUUCCCCCGAGGUCGUCGUGUUCUACUACAAAGGCGACACUAAACACGAGCACCCACUGCUCGUCGCGCUCAGGAGCCCUGACUGGUGCUUUUACUAUAAUACAUACUUUGAGCUCACGAAGAAGUCCGAGCCCCGCGAGACCAAAUUGUACAAGAAAAACGACGGCAAAGACCCUCUAGAUUUGUCCGACACAAAACCGGGUGGCGAGCUGGCCCAAAAGCUCGACUCCAUACUGUUCAAGAUUAGCAAGAAACUGCAAAUCGUGCUGAGCACGCGCCCCGUGGCAACCGAGUACAAGCCCGGCCAGAACGGGUUAAUCACUGACGUUUUUGAUACCGGCACGGGCGACAAGAGUUCAAACCAAAAGGCGGCGAAACAGUUAUUCGACGUAAAAACCAGGAUACUCAAAGAGGUGGCCAAAGAAGCGGAUGAACUCGAAAAAACCUCUAAGACAACAGGCACCAACGCCCUUACAGCCGGCAAGCCCCUCUCCACUAGGGACUCGUUGAUGCACCACGUGACCGGGUCGACCACCUACAAAGCACAGCUGUCGAACGGGGCGUCCGAACCCCCGUCCGGACCCACCACCACCCAGAUCCAAGUGGAGGAAGUGCACUGUCCGGGCCUGCAACCAGGGGGGUACCGCUGUUUCAAACAUGAUCUCGUUAACACCAACAACAUCGAGCAGGUGGGCGGGCUGGUGCUGUGCCUCUGGGUCGAUAAGGCGGGUGGAAAGGGCGACAAUGGCAAGUGCCAGCCCUGCGACACCCAGGGUAGUAAACAGGGCGCCGGAAAGGAGGGCCUCGAGUUGUGCACCGGCAAAAACGGGUGCAAAAACGGCUCAACCUGCAAAAACGACAAAAACGGCCAGUCAGUACAGCUGUCGUACACCACCUGUAAGGGCAAUUUGUACGUGAAAUUAUGGCUCAAAAGUUACAUUAAAAAGGGUAGUACAGGAUAA